UAUCCGGAUCUAUUCGCAAUUUACACUCCACGUUUUGUGAACUAUUUAUAAGUUUAGUUUCUGUAAUACAUCUCAAAAACUGUCUACUCUGAUACAUAAAAUAAACUUCUACCGUAGCACCAAGCUCUAAGAAUGAGUCCUACAUAUCCCGUGACAAAGUCAAGUUCAUGGAUUGCACAAUAAUGGGGGGAAUCGCGUCUCACCAAAAAAUUAGAUUCCCUUCACCCUUCAUUCCUUAUCUGACAUUGGCAACGUCACGGUGGCUUCUCAACUUGCCACAUUUUCUUUAUCACAUUAACUUCCCACCAUGGCGGAGGUGAUUGCCGAGUUUCGAAAAUUAAUAAAUCAAUACCACAAUGGGACUGGAACUCCCCUACGGGAGGAUUUUUCACAGCCAGAUUAUUUUGUACAGGCAAUUCCAUACCUUUUAACAUUCGUAGUGCUCGAGAUUGUAGUCAUGUGGAUCAAACAUGGCUCCUUGAGGGGGGGAUGGAGCAUGGCGGACAGUUUGACAUCAUUUUCGCACGGAAUUUAUUUCCUAGCACACGGGAUGCUCACCCAAGGGAUGUUCAGCUACGUAUAUACAAAAAUAUAUGAGAACUACAAAAUCUACGAGCUCCCGUGGUCCUCCCCGUUUACAUGGUAUGUGGCCGCAAUUUCUGUGGAUUUCUGCUACUACUGGAUCCACCGGGCCUGUCAUGAGGUCAACAUAUUCUGGGCUAAACACCAAGUCCAUCACAGUUCCGACUACUACAAUCUCACAACAGCGUUGCGGCUCUCAGCCUUCCAAAUCUGGCUGGCUUGGCCGUUCUACUUACCGAUGGCAUUCUUUGUACCACCUUCCAUCCUCCUGAUUCACAAACAGUUCAACCUCCUCUACCAAUUCUGGAUCCACACUGAACUAAUUGACAGUCUGGGACCGUUAGAGUAUGUCCUCAAUACUCCGAAACAUCACAGGGUUCAUCACGGGAGCAAUAGGUAUUGUAUAGAUAAAAACUUUGGAGGAGUCCUCAUCAUUUGGGAUCGCAUGUUCAAUACAUUUGCGGAGGAGCGGGACCAAGAGAAAAUUGUGUAUGGGUUGGUUGAAGAAGUAAACUCAUUUAAUCCGUUUUGGCUACAUUUCUUCCAUUACACACGAAUCUGGACGAGAGUACAAAAUCAAAAAUCUCCGUCGGAUAAAUUAUCCGUCUUACUGAAAGGACCCGCCUGGCGGAGGGGGAAACCAAGACUUGGUGAAAUUGAAGAUGUCCCAGUGGUCCAAAAUAGGCCACGAUUUCAUGUAAAACUUCCAACUUGGAAAAACCUUUAUGUUGGAUCACACUAUUUAUGCACCUUCCUUGGAUUCCAUUACUUGACGAUUAAUUAUUUGAACCUGGCGCAGACCAGCGUCAUUUUUUCCGUGGCCUAUGUCAUCUCCACGUUGACGAGUCUCAGCCUAGUUUUAGAAGACAGGAAGUACAUUGCUGCCUUGGCAGAAAUUGCGAGAUGUGGAGCAACCUUACUCUUCAUUAGUUUCGCUAAAUCAUCAAUUAACACAUUAUUGUUCCACUUCAUAUAUAACGCAUUUUCACUCUCGAUCGGAAUCUGGGUUGUCUAUUUACACGACGUGUUGAGGAAGGACGCACUAUUGUGUACGAACAAGAAAACAUAAAAGGGUGGGAACUUAUCGAAUAUAUUUACAAGUUAUUUGGGGAAGUCUAGUCAUUUUUAAUAGUAAUAGUCUUGAUUCCAAUAGUAUCAUAUUUACAUGCAAAUGCGUACAACAUUUAAAGAAAAUUAGUUCUUACCCUGUCACAAGAACGAUUCUAAAAGUAUUUUAAGUUUAAGUAAUCAGGUAAAUUGUGAUAAAAAAUUAUAUUGAGUGAGGCUUGAUAUAAAAAUGUUUGAGUGCAUGUCUAACAUGGUAAAUUAUAUAAGGAUAGAUCAUUUGUUUUGUAGCUUGACUUUGUACAUAUAUGAUCCACAUUUUGUCGCAUAUUAUUCCAUAAAUCAAUGACACGAUAAUUAAAGGAUUUUUUGUAAAAUUUACUAGAA